AUGGGCGCAAGAAGCACAGAACAUGCGACAAGGGACGCAGAGUGGCUCAGCAAUACGACUGAUGGGCGUCAGCAGCGCUCCGACAGCUCGCAGAGAUUUCCUGUCAAUAUGAACGGCAGAAUACCAAACCACGCCGCACUUUCAGGUCCCGGGAAACUUCGGCAACAGGAGAAACGCGUCGCUCGCAAAGCUCGACGGAUAGAGGCAAACAAUACGUUGACCCCAAAACUUGCCACGGCUCCCCGUCAAGUACCAAAGACGAUAGAAAAUCAACGAGUCAGAGACGAGACACACGUCAAGGAUAUAGACGAGGAAGUUGUUGAGGAACUCGCACACGAUGAGUUUGCCAAGCACUUCAGCGAUGUCACCUCCCAAAAAGUCAUGAUCACCACGAGCCGAAAGCCUUCCGGAGAAAUGUUUCGCUUCCUAGAGAAUAUCUUCUCGGUAGUACCCAAUGUUUAUUAUCAUGCCCGCCGGGCAUAUCAUGUGCAAGAGGUGAUCAAGCACGCGGUGGCAAGAGGUUUCACUGACCUUCUUGUCUUCAACGAGAACCGGAAGUUUGGUCGAGGAGCGAAAGUCAAUGGGUUGCUUCACGUGCAUCUACCGGUUGGUCCAUCUUGUCUAUAUCGUCUGAGCUCGCUUGCUCUGACAAAAACAAUCCGCAACCACGGCCGCGCAACAAAACAUCAUCCAGAGCUCAUCUUGAAUAACUUCUCAACCCGUCUAGGUCAUAGAAUUGGGCGAAUGCUCAUGUCGGUUUUCCCUCAAAGACCAGAAUUGCAGGGGAGACGAGUCGUAACGUUUCACAACCAGCGUGACUUUAUCUUCUUUCGUCAUCACCGCUACAUCUUUGAAUUACGCAAGGGGAUACGUCAGUAUGACCAGCGCGAGUCGGAUAACUCAACUAAAUCAGUCGAGUACGCCCAGGGUUCACCAGAAGGAAGGAAACCAAUAGAGGCUGUUGCCAGGAACCCCGAGAUACAGGAUGCGCCCGAAAGGAUAACAAGUGGCAGAAGCUCGUGCUCGGGAGAUGGUUCGAAUUUUCGGGCAAGAUUGCAGGAACUUGGACCCAGGUUCACUCUCAAACUCUUGAGUGUGCAAAAGGGCGUUUUCGACAGCAAGCACGGUGAAUACGAAUAUGUUCGCUGCAGACGAGCCGAUGGCAACAAAUUGGACAGACGAAAGUUUGUGCUUUAA